CUCCUUCAGUGAACGAGAAUGGUUAGCGCAUGCGUCCUUCACAGCCUUCGAGCAGAAGUGUGAGCGUGGAAUUUGGAAUGCCAUAGGUUUUUGAUGCAUACGGUUACGUUACCUGUCUUUCGGUGUGUGAGAGUGUGGCAUGGGUUUACCCUUCUGUGAACAGAUUCUCUACAUCAAUGAACAUGGUGCUGGAGAGCGAACCCCGUGUUCAUGAAUGUUAUGUUGUGAAUGGGCUUCAAAUACGGUGACAAGUGCUGUGGGUACUCUGGCUGGUUGUUAGGCAGACGAAUUUGUUAAGCCUAACGACGUUUACACUCUACCUAAAGAUGCACAGCAGUGCAGCUGACAAGCUGAGGAUAGGUAAUGAAGUCAGAGAACUCAAGCUAGGAAAAAGUUUCUCGUCCGGUGGAGGCUUGGCAUUCCAUUCCAUUAGAUAUGAUUUCAAGCCCGCUUCAGUAGAUACGUCAAAAUCUGCAAACGUGGAAGUAGGUGAAAAAAACCAAAUUACAGUGACAGUACCUCAUAUUGAGGGUUCAGGGACGGCACACACAGUGUUCAAGGGUUCACAGCGCCCCUACCAGCGGGAGUGUGUCCUGGUAGUUGACAAUAUUACCGGUGAGAUUACACUAGAAAGGCUCAGCUGCAACAUCCAGCUCAAGAAAACGAGGGCGGAGGGCAGCAGCAAAAUUCAGCCGAGGCCAAUCACGCCGAUUGACGGAGGGAGCAGCGGAUCACGUAAGCACUCUCCAGUGCAGAAGUUGUCUCCUCCGCACAGCAACGGUCAGCCAAAGCUUUCGUGGCCCUCCUCCAAUCCCCACUCACCCAGCUCCAGGAAUUCUGGGGCUGUCCCUCGCAUCUCCCCAAGCCAUCAACGUAGCCCCAACAACAACAAUCAGAGCAGCCCUUCUAUGCCUUCCCUGGUGACACCCAACUCACGCACCCCGUCAGCCUCCAGGGACAGCAUGCCACUCCUUACCACAGAGACCAUGGAUUCUCAAGAAGUGCCAGAUAUUGGGGUUCUCUCAGACUCUAGUGAAUCAAGCAAUUCAAGUAGCAAGAGUUCGGUGAGCUCAGACUCGAGUGAUUCUGAACACGAAGAAGCGUCCAGGCAGCCUCCACCUCCAUCUUCUAGAGUUACCGUGAACGGUAUGAACGGCCAACAACACUCCAAUCAUGCUUCCGCCUCAAGUAUGCCCAGGUUUAGCCAGUUAAGUGAAGACCUGCACUUAAGUGAAUCUGGCAGUGAUAGUGACGACUGAUAGCUUCUGGUGUCUGUGUGGCGCAGAAGGACUUGAGCACAGAACAAGGCAACAUCACCCAGUACUGCCUCUAUGAAGCAAGCAUACGUGAUGGGUUCUUUUUUUUUUUUUUUUUUUUAGAUCAUGUCAGAGAGAGGCUUGAGGAGAACACUUUGAGAGAGCGGACGCAAUAUUUUUUUGCUCACAGUUAUAGUGUUGACUUACGAAUUGUUCGCUGUGCAUUACCGGGGGGGUGCUCUCGCGUUAGCGUCUUUGGAAGCGCUGCUGUGGUUUCUCGUCUCUCCCCCGCUCAUUCCCCUGAGUGCAUUGCUUUCCCAAAGUAAUGGCGUUAACCACGAAUCUGCAGGCCAUUCUGCAGUGCACGGAGUUUUUCGCAUCUGUUCUUUUCUGUGUGUCUUGUAGCAAAUGAUUUGGUUUUGUUCAGAGAGAGGACGUGUUUCACUGUGAGAAGCGGGGCUUGAGCUGUGGUAGGGAAGAUUUCUGCAGGUAAACUAGCGAGUAACAUAUAUCCGCACGGUCGUCAGUGUUUGACGUUCCUGUGCGGGCGCCCCUUCGACACCUUUGCUGGUACUUAUAUCUCUGCAGGUUUGAAUUGUUUUCUGGUUGCAACUUUUAGGGCUGAAAUGUUCUGUGGUGAUGUAACGCUGUCUGGUCUCUGAAGUAGCCCCCCCUUCCCCUUCCCCGCUGUCACGGCCGAACCUGCGAAAUAGUUCUGAGCAAUCUGUUGCAAUGUGUGGUUACGUUGUGGUCUGUUUUGCGCUCAGACAACUCAUCCGAUGCUGGAGACCGAAAGGAAAUAGACUUGCUGAAUCAGAAAACCUCAAAUAUUUCCUUCUGUGAUUUCUUUUGAGUGAAGUUCUUUCUUUUUCUUUCUUUUUUUUUUUUGUCUAGUUUUAUAUGUAGCAGAUAUUGACAGUAGACACAAUUUCUAAUACUUAGGGCAGAAGCAAAAACAUUUAUCAUGACUCCAGUUACAUCUUUGAAGGAAAUCUAGAUUUGUGCACAGAAGAAAAACAAUCUCGCAUCCGUACAUUCUUUUCAAUUGUUGUCGUACUAUGAUUCCUCCCACCUUUCAUCUUUAGAACUGUAUAUGCACAGUAUUGUGAUGUCAGAAUUGAUGGUGCCCAGUGUCCACUAUGCAUGGUACAGGUGAGGUAUGCAAGCCAAAAUAAGUAUUAGGAAAACCUGUGCGUGGAGGGCAGGAUAUUAUUGCAAAGGAGGAGGAGCCAGCCGAAUGCGAGUGCGCCAUGUUGGGUGAUUCGGAGCAUUUUGCCUACCCAACCAGUGCUCACUAGCAUCAUGAAUUGCUUAAUUGCUUAAGGGGCGCUAAAGUGCAAAUAUUUCUCCUCACAGAAUACGAGAUGCAGUUACCUUAACACAAGAGGAACGGGACUGACCCAUUGCAUCGUUUGGGAUUUAUGAGUGAAAGAAACCGCAAUUUACGCUUUCCUUCUCCCUCAGCAGAGCAGGUUCUCAUUGGUCUCCUCAGACAGUUUGUCCAGUCAUCGCAGGAGAUCAUUUGAGGAGACCAAUCAGGACCAAUGAGGCCCCUCAUUGUUGCGCUUCUUGAAAAGGGAAAGGAAAGCGUAAAUUGCGGUUUCCUUUGCUCAUAAGUCGCAAACGACUCAACCGAUUAAUCCCAUACCUUUUGCGUUGAUGUCAAGGUAACAGUGUCUUUCAUUCAGCAAGGAGAAAUUUUUGUACGCCUUUAACUUCGUUACCAGCACAGUUUUGCUUAUGGUGCCCAAUGUGGCGUGACACCAUGAAGUCAAAUGGAGCUGCUCCGUGGGCAACGUAUUGUUUGUCCUUGGGGGGGUGGGGGGCAACAUCCAGCGCAAGAUUUAUUCGGGUUGUUACUAAGAGUGUGAAAGCUGUUGGCCACCACUGGUGCAGAGCAUAUGCUAGAAUUUUUAUUUCUACUGAUGACAAUGCUUAUGGGGAAAGUAGUCUUUGGUUGCUCAAAGUGUCUUAGCUGGGCUUUUGUGUCAUUGAAACUAGUCCUUUCAAUAGUUUGUACUUCAUUUAGAGUCGCAUUUCUCUUUAUCUGUCAUUUCAAAUGAAGCUUUAUGUGUAUGCAUUGUUCUCUUUACCCUUUAGGCAGUUACAUAUAUAAUUAGGCAAUAUUUUGUAAAGCACAUUGUCAAUAUAAGCGCGAUAAGUUUGCCCUCACACAGUAGCUGCAGGCGACCACCAGUGAGUGAGAGGUUAGUUCAUACUAGCCCCAGUACUAGCUCUCUCUGCAUAGGGUGAAGACAACCACGUCGUCUGCUACAAAUUUCCGCCAUGUUUCCGCCCACACAUGUCUUGCGAUGCGCUCACAAAAGUGUAGCUAUUCGCUUAGCUACACACUCCAUUCUGAAGUUGAGUAAAUACAUAGAGGAGGUUUGAAAAAGUGGGUGAAAUCGGUACACAGCACUCAUGCAUGGUAAGCGUGGGAGUCAAAAUGGCGGUUUUCCGGCAUUUGCUUCCACAAAGGGUGACUCCACCCUUCACAGAGGGAGCUAGUAUUCAGACACCCUAGUUCAUACUAGUAAAUAUCUCUACUGUCUGCCUCAGAGAAACCCAUAGCUGAUCUUACUGCACGGCAGCAUUCCUUUUAUGCAGUGAGCCUCUGCCUUACUUCUGGCUGUGUGACUGUAUGCCUGCGACACAACUUGGCAUUUCAAGGCGAUAUUCUAGAACGGUGGUGUCUGUGAUGGAACGUGCAGGAGUCAUAUUUUUGUCAGAUGCUCGUGGUCCAGCGUCCUUGUCAUAAAGCCACGAAAGGCGUUUUACGACGAGAAUGCUGACCUCGGACCUAUUAUCAAAGGUGUGCCAAACACUGGAUGAGCCGCAUGAGCCGGCACAGAAGGCCUUGGUGCUCAGGCUGAUCGCGUUCACAAAUAGGGGCUGUACAUGGGCCACGCCAGUAUAAGCUGGUUACUACAGGGAAAUGGCUAGGUUCACAGUAGUGACACCUUUAAAAGUUUAAACAUGGUCUCUGUGUUGCACUUGGGGUUUGAAGUAUUACAAAGGUUGCAGUGGGGUGGAUCAUGCCCGAGGGUGGGCUCUCUGUCUGCCAAAUGUGUUUUGGAGACGCGGCCCAGUUUGCUUCAUUCAAUGCCACCCUUUUCUUGAGCCCUGUUUUCAGACGUUACCACAGUCAAAUAUGUUUUUGGUUAUACUGGAAAUACUACUUCAUGAAAUACUAUACAUAGUUGAGUUGUGUGUUUAGAGCUGUGAAAAAAGCGAUCCAGCUAGUGUAGAGUUAUAUUUCCUUUCUUGCAUUCUGCUGAGCAUGCAAGUCACACAAGGGGUGUGAUGCUCAUUACUGUACUGACGUUUUAGUGAUUGAUUGGUUUGUUCCCAACUGCACAAAACAGGGAGGGAAAAACAAGAAGAAAAACAGAGAAAGGAAACCAGUGCGUUGUCACCAGUGGCUUUAACCCAGAGCUUGCACAUGACAUAUCCACGUCACAAUCUUGUUAGGAAGCUCCAUCCCUUCUACAGUGUUAACAUUCCGAACGAGCCCGCAGUGGGCGGCGAACACGGUGUACGUCUUCCCAGCUGACCGUUACUUACUCUCGUUGAAGCUGCGCUAUUUUAACCACGGUUAAACCACCGUGGCUAAACGAAUGCACGAUGUAGAUUGUCUGUGCGCAAGAAAAAGUUCGGUGCCAGUUCUUGUUCCUUUUGGUCCCCCUGUAGAUAUUUUAUUACGUUAACAGUUUUAGCGUGAGUUGUUGAGACGGCUGUCACAAGGAGAGAGUGAGCUUCGUUUUGUACAUGACCCACAGUGUUAACUGCCAUUAGCUUGAGUGUUGUGUUUUGAAAAAAAAAAGGGAAGUUAGAGUGUACCUUUCUGUACUAGUCAGCAAUUUUGCCAAGAAUCGGAUCAGCAAAGCCUUUUGUGAAAGGUGUAUGAAGGUACGCUGUUAGGUGUACCUAACGGCGGCGAAUUUUCUUUUUGCCUCGGGGGGAGCAGGCACUGGAAUAGCGAUGUGCUCGCCUGUGUCAUGCAAAAAGCAGGAUGGUGAUAAGGAAGGUAUAAUAUACUCUGUCUAAGUUAUGGUGCACUUAUUUGUACGCAUUUUACUCCAUCAUUAAAAGGCGCUGAAACUCUUUUAUGUGCUUCAGAUUGUGAAACUGCUCACGUAUUUUGAACAUUGUACGAAACUGCAAAUGUUAGACCUAUGCAUAUACAUCUUGGUUUCCAGAGCAGCUAUUGAAUAGAUUAAAUUUAUUAAAAGUUAUUAUUGUGAACUGUGAA